AUGGCUGCCCGUUCCCCAGUCCUCAGUGCCUGUGCCGCAAUCGUGGAUACCAGCAAUACCUGCAUAACUGCUCGCAGAAAUGUACUCCUGCAGAGCGUGAACAGAUGGGUUAAGCCGGAACCAAAUUAUGCGUGGACGCCGGUAAGAAUCUCAUUAGGACCGAUCGAUAUUCUCUGUCUCAAGAGCUCACAAAAUUAUCUAGGAGUGCCACCCAAUUUCAGGCGCCGCAACGCCCGCCCCGAAUCCGUUGCAGAGGAUGAUGCCGAGGUACAACAAUUUCCUACCAAUAUUCCCGGAGUCCCAGGUCUUCCCAGCUUGCCCAUUCCAUCUGUUCCACUUCCGUCCUGGGUUCCAACGGCUAUUCCUACUGGAUUACCGACUGGCCUACCAAAUCUACCAGUACCCACGGCCAUUCCCACUUUCGUCCCAACUGCCAUUCCUACCUUGAUUCCUACCGCUAUUCCUACUCUUAUUCCCACUGCUAUCCCCACUGCUAUUCCCACUGCUAUCCCUACUGUUAUCCCUCCUAUCCCAAGUCUUCCUUCAAUCCCAGGCCUCCCACAUCUGCCAAGCCUUCCCUCUAUCCCAGGUGUCCCGCCUAUUCCAACUUCAGCAGCUAACGAAAAGACCAACCAGGCCAAAGUCUCAUCUAACUCCAGGGUCAUGAGAGUAAAGAAGGAAGCCUAA